AUGACGGGCACAAGCCAGAGGCUGGGAAGAGCCUUUUUUGCCUCCUCUGCCCACCUGAGCAGGAGCCCGGCACCCUGUGGGGCAGGAGGCCAGCUGAAGCCAGAGUACGACGCUGUGAUCAUCGGAGCAGGAAAAAUUCCUCCAGACCCCGAUGGGCUGUUCCAUGCCAAGAGCCUCCUACUUGCCUCCCUCGUAGCAUUUGUGGCAGGAUUGCUAAGGAGUCUCCAUCCCCUGGCAUGUUGUAGCUCUAAGCUGCAGUCCCAGGCCAAAGUGGAAGAUCCAAGAGCAAGAACAGUCUUACCAGAAGCAGUUCCAGUUGCCAGCCCCAGAUCCUUCAAGCUGAAGAUUCAGGAUGAUGAUUUGUUUCUGCAGAAACACGGACUGAAGGUCUAUCUUCGAAACCCUUAUUCCUUCACACCAAUACUGGAAGAAGGCAUCCAAGGCAAACCUCCAAGGUCCCUUUUAUUAGGGACAGACAUGGCUGAAACUCAGAAGCAGAUUGCCCAAUUUUCCCAAAAGGAUGCUCAGGCUUUUCCCAAAUAUGAAAUGUUUAUGAACCGUUUGGCAUCAGCCAUUGAUCCUUUGCUGGAUUCCUCCCCAGUGGACACAACUGCCUUUCAGCAUAGCUCCCUGCAUCAGAGAUUGAGAGCCUUCUUUACACUUAAACCUCUUUUACAGGCAGGUCUAAUUUUGGGAUCACAGCUUCCCCAGUAUUACCAAGUUAUCACUGGCCCAAUUACCAAGGUGUUGGAUGAAUGGUUUGAGUCUGAGCCCUUGAAAGCAACUCUUGCCACAGAUGCUGUAAUUGGAGCCAUGACAAGUCCCCACACUCCUGGAAGUGGGUAUGUGCUGCUACACCAUGUGAUGGGAGGCCUGGAGGGGAAGAAGGGGGCCUGGGGGUACGUAGAAGGUGGCAUGGGUGCCCUCUCUCAUGCCAUUGCAAGGGCAGCAGAAGCACAUGGAGCAAAUAUCUUCACGGAAAAGCCUGUGGAUAAGGUACAGGUGAACAGCAACGGGCGAGUCCAGGGAGUCGUACUACAGGAUGGAACGGAAGUGAGGAGCAAACUGGUACUGUCCAACGCAUCUCCACAGAUCACUUUCCUGAAGUUGGCACCACAGGAGCAACUCCCUGAGGAAUUCAUCAAGAAAAUCUCUCAAUUAGACACCCAAUCACCAGUCACCAAGAUUAAUGUGGCUGUAGACAAACUGCCCAACUUCCUGGCUGCACCAAAUGCCACCAGUGGCCUACCACUACCCCAUCAUCAAUGCUCCAUCCACCUGAACUGUGAAGAUACCCAAAUCCUCCAUCAGGCCUUUGAGGAUGCCUCCAAGGGGAUCCCUUCCCACAGGCCCAUGAUUGAACUCUGCAUUCCGUCGUCCCUGGAUCCCACCCUGGCUCCACCUGGCUGCCAUGUUGUCUCGCUCUUCACUCAGUACACUCCCUAUGCCUUGACAGGUGGAAAAGUCUGGGAUGAGCAAGAGAGAAACGCUUAUGCCGACAGAGUGUUUGACAGCAUUGAGGCCUAUGCUCCAGGCUUCAAGAAAUCGGUGAUUGGCAGAGACAUCCUGACACCACCGGAUCUGGAGAGCGUAUUUGGACUUCCUGGUGGGAACAUAUUCCAUGGCGCCAUGUCCCUGGAUCAGCUCUACUUUGCCCGACCAUUGUCCUCGCACUCCAACUACCGCUCUCCAGUCCCGGGUCUGUACCUCUGCGGCAGCGGCGCCCAUCCUGGAGGAGGUGUCAUGGGAGCUGCUGGACGCAAUGCAGCACAAGUGGCCUUUGAGGAUUUCAAGAGCAUGUGAUCCACAGAACUGAGUGAAGAAGGGCUAUUGUGAAGCCCCUGAAACUUGUCUAGCAUAAAUUCAACUUUCAGACCCUUUCUUCCAAGCCAAUGCACUGGGGGCACUUGAGACUUAAUGGUCAGAGUGCUGUAUUUGGAGUUAAAAAGGACCUGGGUUAGAAUCCAUGUGUUUGUUAGACUAACUUGUCUUUCGACUAUGAGCAAGUUAUGUAUAAUUUUUAUGAGUCUUGAUAUCCUUAUCUGAUAAUAAUAAUUCCUGUAGUACCUACUCAUGGUAGUGUUGUGAGGAUCAAAUGAGAUUAUAUGUAUGUAAAGGUGCUAUGCAAAUGUCAUCUAUUUUAAUGGUUACUAGUAUCCUAAUGGGAUAAGAAAAAUAUCUAGGAAUUUUAGAAGUGGGAUCCUGCAGACAUACUUAUGGAUAUAGCAAUUGUAUAUCCCAGAUAGUCUGGGAGAGUUCCAAUUGCAAGACGUCUUUGCAUUCCUGUCAUGAGUAUGAGAUCAUAGUGAUUUAUUUUCUGGAUGAAUUUGUAAUUGCCUUUGAAAGUUUGUAUUUAAAAUUUUUACAUCAGUAUUCAUUGAAAUUGAUUUAUAGUUCUCUUUCUCUGUUUUGUUGCUUUCUGGUUUGGCGUCAGUACUAUAUAUUUUGUCCCAUAAAAGUAGUUUAUUUCUAUUUUUUCAAAUAUCAUUUGUCACAUAGGUAUUAAUUUCUCUUUAAAUAAUUGAUAGAAUUCACUUGUAAAUCCAUCUGGACUUACUUCCCCACCCCCACCCCUACUCCCCUUCAGGAGUUCAUUAAUGACUUGUUUGAUUUCUUUUUUUCUAAGAUUGAACUGUUUAAGAUCUUACAUCUUGUUUUGGGCAUUUUUAUACUUUGGUAGAGACUCAUUCUUUCCUUUGAAUUCUCAGUUUUGUUGGCAUAAUGGAUUCUGAUAUUUCUUUCCUCUCUGUUGUGUAUUUACUUCUUUCACUUUAAGUUUUAUUUCCCUUUUUUUUAGCAGGUUAGGUGAUAGUAUAUUGAUUUUGUAAGCUGACAAAAACAAAAUAAAACAUAUCCUACUUUUUCUUA